AUGCCCGCCGACACGGGCAUGGAGAAGCCGACCGCCUCGCCCAUCGCGGGGGCGCCGGCCAGCGCCAGCCACACGCCGGACAAGCCGCGGAGCGCCAGCGAGCACCGGAAGGUAAAUGGCGGGUGCCGGCCGGGGCGCAGCGGCGGCGGCGGCGGCGCUGGAUGGCGGCGAGCCCGCGGCCGUGCUGAGUCCUCCAAGCCCAUCAUGGAGAAGCGGCGCCGGGCGCGGAUCAACGAGAGCCUGGGGCAGCUGAAGACCCUCAUCCUGGACGCGCUGAAGAAGGACAGCUCGCGGCACUCCAAGCUGGAGAAGGCGGACAUCCUGGAGAUGACCGUCAAGCACCUGCGGAACCUGCAGCGGGCGCAGAUGACGGCCGCGCUCAGCGCCGACCCCACCGUCCUCGGCAAGUACCGGGCUGGAUUCAACGAGUGCAUGAACGAGGUGACGCGGUUCCUGUCCACCUGCGAAGGGGUGAACACUGACGUGCGCACCCGCCUCCUCAGCCACCUCUCGGCUUGCCUGGGCCAGAUCGUGGCCAUGAACUACCCACCGCCGCCUCCGCCCUCCGGCCAACCCGCACAUCUGCCGCAGCAGCCUCUGCACGUCCAGCUGCCCCCCGCAGCAGCCGGAGCCGUCCCCGUGCCCUGCAAACUGAACCCCGCUGAAGCCCUGUCCCCCAAAGUCUACGGGGGCUUCCAGCUCGUCCCUGCUACCGACGGCCAGUUUGCUUUCCUCAUCCCAAACCCGGCCUUCCCUCCCAGCUCCGGACCGGUUAUUCCCCUGUAUGCCAACGCCAACGUCCCGGUGUCCGCCGGUAGCGGCUCAGGGAACGCGGCCGCCGCCACCCCGGCAGCAUCCCCGGUGCAGGGGUUGACAUCAUUUGGGGGCAGCGUUGUUCCAGCAUCCCAGGCGGGAAGUCCCAUCGGAGAGCGCAGUGAAUCAGUGUGGAGGCCUUGGUGACUUGCCUAAAGCAAUUUUUUUUUUUUCCCCCUCCCCCAAAAAAACACCAAACUCUUCUGUUGGCUCCGUUGUAUGGAGCCCUGUUACGUUUGGGGGGUUUUUAAGCAGAUUUAAACAGAAAGGAAAAAAGGACCUCGCUAUGAACGUGCUAUUUAUUAUUUUCAGAGGUUGGGAUCUCAACUUGUAUUUUUACUCCUUUAAAAUGCCUUUAUUUGAGAUACUUUUUUAAAAAAAAAUAAAUGAGAAAUAGUUUUGUAACAAAUAUUCAAAAGUAUAAUGCCAAAGUUGUUUGUAUCCCGUUUGUCUGUGUGUGUGUGCGUGCCUGUGUUGAAGACUUUCAGAAAAGAAAAAAAAAAUUGCAGGUGUUUAAAUAAAUAAACUCUUUGAAAUAGA